CAGGUCUCAUGUUAUAUAAAGCAACUAGCAAUAGAAAAUGAGAAGUGAGAGAAAAGUUACCUCUUCUUGUUGCACUUUCGCGUCCCCUGCAAAAGUACCCCGCUGUUAGCGUCUCACUUGAUGCAGCUAGCAGCUAUCGGAGAGCUCCAUCCAUUUGCAAAGCAGACAGUCAAGAUAAGACGCCGCCGGCCGUUGCUCAUGAGCGUGUACUAAGAAGAAAACAGAUUUCUUCGAUCGUCCUUCUCUCCUUCAUCUCCUUCUCAUAUCUCGUCUUUCAUUCAAUGCUAAGAAACACUUCAUCUACUACUAAUUGAAGUGAUUGACAGGGAGCUACAUGGUCCCUUGUCGAAGGCUCUCUUUACACAAAGUCUAGAACCCUUCAACCUUCACAACUUCGAUACAACUUCGAGAUACACCGUCUUUGCCAAAAUGGCACCUAGUGCAGUGUCUCCAGAGCCUGCCGUUUCGAUUUCAGCCACCCACUCCCUUUCUUCAGUCACAACCGCGUACGAUGAUACCCUUCGAUUCUACCUCAAUGGCACUCGUGUCAUGCUGGACAAUAUCGAUCCCGAGAUAACACUUCUCGAGUAUCUUCGUGGCAUUGGCCUUACUGGCACAAAGCUUGGAUGUGCUGAAGGAGGAUGCGGAGCUUGCACAGUCGUAGUGUCCCAGUACAACCCCACAACGAAGAAGAUCUACCAUGCAAGCGUCAAUGCAUGUCUGGCACCGCUGGUCAGCGUAGACGGCAAGCACGUUAUCACUAUUGAGGGUAUUGGAAACGUCAAGAGGCCACAUCCUACACAAGAGAGAAUUGCAAAGGGUAAUGGCAGUCAAUGUGGUUUCUGCACACCUGGCAUAGUCAUGAGUCUCUAUGCUUUGCUCAGGAAUGAUUCGAGUCCUACAGAGCACGAGGUUGAGGAAGCUUUUGAUGGAAAUCUUUGCAGAUGUACGGGCUAUCGCCCCAUCCUGGAUGCUGCUCAGACAUUCAGUGCCGAGAAGUCAUGCGGCAAGGCUAAGGUUAAUGGUGGCGGUGGGUGUUGCAUGGAGAAUGGUAACUCUUCUGGCGGAUGCUGCAAAGACAAAGACCUCAAGGACGACCAGCCCAUCAAACGCUUUGCGCCACCUGGGUUUAUCGAGUACAAUCCAGAUACGGAACUCAUCUUCCCACCUCCUCUUACUAAGCACGAAUUCAAGCCGUUGGCCUUUGGGAACAAAAGGAAGCGGUGGUACCGUCCGGUGACCAUGGAGCAGCUCUUGGAAAUCAAGAGUGUGUAUCCAUCAGCCAAAAUCAUUGGUGGGAGUACGGAGACUCAAAUUGAGAUCAAAUUCAAGGCUAUGCAAUAUACAGCCUCUGUAUUUGUAGGUGACAUUCCAGAAUUACGACAAUUUACAUUCAAGGAAGAUCAUUUGGAGAUUGGCGGAAAUGUCAUUCUCACCGACCUGGAGAACAUCUGCCUCCAGGCCGUCGAGCAUUAUGGACCUGUGCGAGGUCAGGUCUUCACUGCAAUCCAUAAACAACUCAAAUACUUUGCAGGUCGUCAAAUCAGAAAUGUCGGUACACCUGCAGGUAAUCUUGCAACUGCGUCACCAAUCUCAGAUCUGAAUCCCGUGUUUGUUGCAUCAAACGCAAUUCUCGUGGCCAGAUCUCUAGACAAGGAGACAGAGAUCCCAAUGUCCCAAUUCUUCAAAGGCUACCGCACCACGGCUCUUCCACAAGAUGCGAUCAUUGCCAGCAUUCGAAUUCCCGUGACGAGUGCAAAGGGAGAGUUUUUGCAAGCAUACAAGCAAUCCAAGCGGAAAGACGAUGACAUCGCUAUUGUCAAUGCCGCUAUGAGAAUUUCCUUGAGCGAGUCUAACGUCGUAGAAAGCGUGGAUCUUGUUUACGGCGGCAUGGCCCCAACUACCAUAGCUGCGAAGACAGCCAAUGGAUACCUCGUAGGCAAAAAGUUUACGGAUCCUGCUACUUUAGAGGGUACAAUGAAUGCCUUGGAGCAAGAUUUCGACCUGAGGUUUGGAGUCCCUGGUGGUAUGGCCACCUACCGAAAGUCGUUGGCUCUUGGGUUCUUCUAUCGUUUCUACCAUGAAGUGCUCUCUAAGCUAGAGGUCAACGAAGCCGAUGUGGAUGAUGAGGUUAUAGAAGAGAUCGAGAGGAUGAUAUCUCACGGGAAAGAGGACCGAGAAUCCACAGUUGCCUACCAACAGAAUGUCCUUGGAAAACCGAAUCCUCACGUGGCAGCAUUGAAGCAGACUUGUGGAGAAGCGCAGUAUACUGAUGAUAUACCCGUUCAAAAGAACGAAUUGUACGGUUGUCUUGUCCUUUCGUCGAAAGCACGCGCCAAGAUUCUCUCGGUUGAUUAUUCUCCGGCGAUGGAUUUACCAGGAGUUGUCGAUUGGCUUGAUCACACAGAUAUGCCUUCUCCGGAAGCCAACAAAUGGGGAGCUCCUGUUUGUGACGAGGUCUUCUUUGCUGUUAAUGAAGUCUUCACAGCUGGCCAACCGAUUGGUAUCAUCUUGGCCGAUACCGCUCAACAUGCCACCGCUGGAGCCAGAGCUGUAAAGGUUGAUUACGAGGAGCUACCUGCGAUCUUCACGAUCGAAGAAGCUAUUGAGAAAGAAAGUUUCUUUGAGCAUUACAGGUAUAUUGAAAAUGGAGACCCAGAAAAAGCGUUCAAAUCAGCGGAUCAUGUUUUCACCGGAGUCACCAGAAUGGGCGGACAGGAGCAUUUCUACCUUGAAACACAAGCCUGUGUUGCUGUGCCUAAGCCUGAAGAUGGCGAGAUGGAGAUUUUUGCUAGUACUCAGAAUCCUACUGAAACUCAAACUUAUGUAGCCCAAGUGUGCAACGUGGCUGCCAAUAAAGUCGUCUCCAGGGUCAAGCGUCUUGGAGGUGGCUUUGGAGGGAAGGAAACAAGAUCCGUACAGCUGACCGGCAUUGUAGCUCUUGCUGCAAAGAAGACUGGUCGACCAGUCCGUUGUAUGCUGAACCGUGACGAGGACAUGGUAACCUCUGGUCAACGACACCCUUUCCUUGCAAGAUGGAAAGUUGCAGUCAAUAAGGAUGGGAAACUCCAAGCACUUGAUGCAGACGUCUUUUGCAACGCAGGCUGGUCACAAGAUCUUAGUGCCGCAGUUUGCGAUCGAGCAUUGUCCCACAUCGAUGGGUGCUACCUCAUCCCCAACGUCAAUGUUCGAGGCAGACUCGCUAAGACGAACACGAUGUCCAACACAGCUUUCCGAGGCUUUGGUGGACCUCAAGGUAUCUUCAUUGCUGAAUCAUAUAUGGAAGAGAUCGCGGACCGUCUGGACAUUCCAGUUGAGAGGCUUCGAGAGAUUAAUUUCUACAAACCGGAUGAACCCACGCAUUUCAGACAAGAGCUCAAGGACUGGCACGUGCCUAUCAUGUAUCAACAGGUUCAGGAUGAAAUGUCAUACGCAGAGAGGAGGGAGGCAGUGACUAAGUUCAACGCUACUCACCGCUGGAGGAAGCGAGGUCUUGCCAUUGUUCCUACCAAGUUUGGUAUCUCCUUCACUGCACUUUUCCUUAAUCAGGCUGGUGCUCUCGUCCACAUCUACCACGACGGCUCUGUCCUUGUUGCUCAUGGUGGUACUGAAAUGGGUCAGGGUCUACACACCAAAAUGCAGAUGAUCGCUGCAGAAGCAUUGGGCGUGCCCCUCUCUGAUGUCUUCAUCUCAGAAACGGCGACCAACACCGUUGCUAAUACCUCAUCUACCGCGGCUUCAGCGUCAUCCGACCUGAACGGUUAUGCCAUUUUCAAUGCCUGUGCUCAGAUCAACGAACGUCUCAAGCCAUACAGAGAGAAGAUGGGCCCAGACGCACCCUUAAAGAAGCUUGCCAGCGCCGCCUACUUUGAUCGAGUCAACCUAUCCGCAAACGGCUUCUACAAGACCCCCGACAUUGGAUACACCUGGGGACCCAACACGGGACAAAUGUUCUUCUAUUUCACGCAAGGUGUCUCGGCCGCAGAAGUCGAAAUCGAUACUCUGACCGGAGAUUGGACCUGUUUGCGAGCAGACAUCAAAAUGGACAUUGGUCGCUCCAUCAAUCCUUCCAUCGAUUAUGGACAAAUCGAAGGAGCGUUCGUCCAAGGCAUGGGACUCUUCACCAUGGAAGAAUCUCUCUGGUUCAGAGGCGGACCCAUGAAAGGCCAACUCGCAACCCGCGGUCCAGGUGCGUACAAGAUCCCAGGCUUCAGAGACAUCCCCCAAGAAUUCAACGUCUCGAUGUUGAAGGGCGUUGAAUGGGAGAAUCUCCGGACAAUCCAAAGAAGCAGGGGUGUCGGCGAACCGCCGUUGUUUAUGGGAAGUGUGGUUUUCUUCGCGAUCAGAGAUGCGUUGAAGGCUGCGAGGAAACAGUACGGCGUUGAGGCUACGAAGGGCGAGGAUGCGAAGAAUGAUGGGUUGUUGGUUCUUGAGAGUCCGGCGACGCCGGAGAGGAUCAGGGUUAAUUGUGUUGAUCCGAUUGUGAAGAGGGCGUAUGUGGAGCCGAAGGAGGGCGAGAAGAGUUUCUUUAUUUCGAUUUAGGGUUUCAGCAUUGUGGCUUGGUUGUGGACCGGAGUGAAAAGAACGGAAGUGGAAAUGGAUAUGAAUUACGGCCGGAUUGAAAUGAAUGUGUAUCAUUGACUAGAUUGUAAAGCCAGCAAUACCAUGGCAGUCUCAGCUUUUCAUGCUCUUGAUCUAGGCCGCUUUUAGCAACCAGUGAGAUACACGGUCAAGAGAGGAGACAGCAAAUAGUCAUUAGAGGAAAGAAAUACCUCAGAUCCACUCUGAAAAAUGUAGUUGUGGUAUUUACCUACAUAAAAUUGAAUAGUUCAUUGUCU